AUGGUGCAGUUUCCGUGGAGCUCAUCCAAAAGCGAUGAAGAGCCGGUGUACUCGGAAGCCUUCGACAUCAGCCCAGCAGCAGCAGUUGAUGCCGUGCGGGACGAACUGGAGUCCUUCUUCACAAGGAUGCAGCAAAGGCUGGAGUCUCUCGAGACUGCGCUGAUGGCGCCGCCUCCACAGACACCAGCGAUCGCACCUCCGACCUCAAAGCCCUCAGAGGCAGUGGUGGAGCCUGUGGAGCAAGCCUCACGCGACUCUUGCAGCCUAGGCGCCCUCCACAAGCAAAGGAGCAUGCAGCCUUCUGCCAUUGUGGCAAGUCAAGGCAUGAAGUCCGCUGACGCCUCCGGCAAGGAAAAGGUAAGUGGGGACGGUUCCAACAGGCGCUAUGUCGUAUCAUGCGGGGUGAAGCAAGAUGGACAGGAGGUACGCUUGCAUGGCAGAUGGAUGGAGCUGUCAACACAGCGAGUGGACAACGUGUCCGUGGCUGCUGUGGCAGCGCGAAAGACGAAAAGGAAUGUUAUCAAGAAAAGAGGCUCCAGCGACCUCUUCCCCGCCGUUCGGGAACUCCGUGGCAUGAAGCCGAUCCUACCGGCAAGCACGUUUAAGCUGCUUUGGGAUGCACUCGGCUUCACAUUUAUUCUCGUUGAUGCUUUCACGCUGCCCGUGAUUAUCGCAUGGGAUGUAGCGGAUGACUGCCAGGUCGGCACAGGAAAUUGUAUCCUUCGGGUGGUUUUCAUACUCAGCAUGUGUUUCUGGAUUAUGGAUGUGCCGCUGAACUUUAACACGGCAUUCUACAAGAAGGGUGCGCUUGUUCUGUCGCGCGGAAAGAUCGCUCUUCACUAUAUCCAGACAUGGCUGGCUUUCGACAUAGCCCUGAUCUGCUUAGAUGUGCUGAACCUCUCGCCAACUGAGAUGGGGAGAUGGGAGGCUUUGAGAUAUGCACGUAUCGUUCGAGCUUUCAGGCUACUCAGGCUGCUGAAAAUGUCCAAGCUUCAAGACAUCCUGCAAGAAGUGGCAGCUUCGACCGGUCGUCAAUGGAUCAUGCUUGUCAUUGCCAUUGUCAAUACGACUUUCGUCAUUAUUGUCGUGGCCCAUGUGCUAACUUGCAUGUGGUGGGGGUUGGGCAACUUCGUGCGUUAUGAUCCCGACUUCGGAGCAGACUUCGGACACGAGAGCUGGAUCGUAACAUCAAAUGCGACCCAAGCUGGAGCGCUCUGGAUCGAGUACUUGCACGCAUUCCGGUAUGUCAUCAAUGCUCCAUCCCCUCCAACAGUGAAUCCCGCCAGUGGUGUCGAGAGGCUCUUCGAUAUCCUUGCUUACGUUUUCUCCCUUGUGGUCAUUGGAUCCGCAGUUUCUGCCAUUGCCGGCACCGUAAACGAGCUGAAGGCAAUGAACGAAGCCAGUGCCCGACAGCGCAGAGAGAUCCGCAUAUAUCUUACGAGCCAGAGUGCAUCCUUCGAGCUGGUUUCGCGAAUCAUGAAGUUUGUGGACUACAAGCUAAAGAAAAUGUCCUUUGCCACCUUCGACCCGACUCUAAUUUCGAGAACGCUGCAAACAGAACUAUUUGUUGGACAGCGCAGCAAGUAUUUGCAAAAAAUGCCUAUCUUCGCAUUGUGCGAUGAGCUGUUUCCUGAUGUGUUUGCAAGCAUCUGCGCUGUUCUCAGCAAGCAGAUAUACGAGCAGAAAGAGUACGUCUUCACUGCGGGGUCAUGGAACACUCAUUGCUACAUCUCCACUGCUGGACAAUUUAGCUACGUUGAUGGCUAUGACACAGAUGCUCCGCCCCUCGAGAUCCAAGGAGAAGCCUGCUUUGCAGAGCUCAGUUUGUAUGCAGAAGCCAGUAUGCACCAGGCUACGCUCACUGCCUCGACCUUCGCGGAAAUGUUUGUGCUCAAAGGUCACGACCUGGCCGACUGUGUUCGCGAGUCGCCGGGAUGUACAUCAAUGUUCUGUGAGUAUGCCAAGGAAUACAUCAGUGCAGUCAAGAAGAAGGGCUUGCAAAUACCUUUUGCAGAGCAAGCCGCGAUCUCCAAAAGCUGUUGCAAAGCGAACCAGUGCUAUCAGAUCUUGUAUCCCAAUCCGGAUCAGCUCUUCAAGAACAUCUCCGUUGCCUCCGCGCUGAAGCAGUUGAACCAGCAUAUGGAUGUGGCUUUACAGUCCAAGAGCCUUGAGUUUGGCAGGAACGAGAGCAAUGCGACAAAAGAGAGUCCGUGCCAUUCUCAAUCAAGCCGGACGUCAAGCCUCGCAGAUCCCGAUGUGGAACGAUUGCUGGAGCAAAUUGCAGAAGAGGGACUUGAUUCUUCUCGGGUCAAGGACCAGCUUCAGACCUACAUUCCGGAGCUCCACGAAGCCGUGAGCCCUCAUGUGGUUUUUGAACAAGCUGCUGAACGUGACAGGGCCGAGUCCUCCUGCAUCAGCCUGCUUGCUCUUUUACAUGACCGAUAUGACAUAUUCACCGAACCACAGGCUCCUGCUGUCCGUCUGCGUGAAGAUCAGUGGAAGGAGCUACAAGGCAUCGUGAAGCUGAUUUCAACGACGCCUUCACAAGUGCAUGCGGUACUAGUGCUUCUGUCCGUCCGAGGUCUGGGUAAAUCCAAGGCAGUCCUUAAUCAAGUUCCCAGGAGUAUGAAGCGUCCUGAAAGAGCAGUUGUGCACCUGAUGACGAACCAUCCCAAUGUGGUGCCAUCUGUCGCCUUUCUCUCAGACGAAUACCUCCUCUGCUCACAGAACUGCUUGUUCGUGCAUGAAACCUUCAACCUGGCACAAAUGAUGCAGGGCGAGAACGUCCCUGCCAACGUAGAUCAGUUGCAACAGCUCGUGCACAAGCACGGUGAACAGGUGUUCUACUUCUACAUGCUCUUCUUGCUGGGCUUCAUGAGUGGCAUCGCGGGCGGCCAUGGAUCUCGCUUCAUGACCGCUAGAAAUGCGGAGGGCUUCAUCGCUGGUCUCAAUGUGCUACGGCAUGUCUUUGAUCGCUCGCCCCAGGAUAUUUACUGGGGGUACUUGGCCUCUCGUGCCAGUUCCUUGCAGCUCCCUGCGACAUCUGCGGAAGACCUGGUGCUGGUGCGCCUGGCCUGCCUUAGCCGAGUUCAGGACGCAGACUCUUACUGGCAUCUGCGCCAGUCCUGGGAGCAGCUGGGCGUCGCAGAGAGAGCAGUGCUGACAGAGCACUUCCUCGCCGAUGGCCUACAGAGGCGAGCCUUCGUGCUGGAGUUUCUGCCGGCCUGCGUGGCCAACGCGAGAUCCAACGGACUGGUGGGCUUGACCCUUCUUAUGGAGGUACUGGUCGAGUUGCUUCAUAAUUUACGGCCCGCUGUCAACGUUGUGCCGGAGGCUGCUGCUGUGAUGAUGCUACCGGUUGACCUCGGCGACAUGAGUGAGUUCAUCGCCGCGGUGCAGAACCGAUUCGUCUUCAAGACUUGUGUUUCGAGAUGCGCGUUCAGAUUCUCAGGGACUCGAGUAAUGCUUGAGAUGACAGGUGGCAACUGGGGUCGUGUGAAUGAUCCGGACACCGACCUAACCAGCAUUGCAUAUGACAUCAAAGACAUCUUGACGAAGCAGCAGCACAUGGAGAAGAACAUGGUCCGCCGGACUGGACACGGUGGCCAUCUGAGCUAA